CUCUGUCGAUCACCAAAAAAUGUGAUCGGGACACGAAGAGGUCAUCUUUGGAAAUAGAAUUGAUGCUGGUUUACGAGAAAUAAUUUCCACUACUCCCACACACGGCAUACUGUGAGAAGUAAGCCGAGAGGAACCUAGCUGGCUUGUGUACUAUUUCAGAGAGUAUUUUAUUCGUCGAGUGUCUCGGAGAGCUUAGAACAUGGGUGUCCCAAAGUUCUAUCGAUGGGUGAGCGAACGAUAUCCAUGCCUUAGUCAAGUCGUACAAGAACACCAGAUCCCCGAAUUCGAUAACAUGUAUUUGGACAUGAAUGGCAUAAUCCAUCCCUGUUCUCAUCCGAAUGAUGAUGAUCCACACUUCAGGAUUACCGAGGAGCAAAUUUUCACCAACAUAUUUCAUUACAUAGAGGUUUUGUUUCAAAUUAUCAAACCCAAGAAGGUUUUCUUCAUGGCUGUUGAUGGAGUUGCACCAAGGGCUAAGAUGAACCAGCAGCGAGGAAGACGCUUCAGGUCAGCCAAAGAGGCGGAAGACAAUAUUCGAAAGGCAUUGGCUAAAGGGCAAGUGCUCCCAAAGGAGGAAAGAUUUGAUUCAAACUGCAUUACACCAGGAACCUUAUUUAUGGCUCGGCUACAAGAGCAGCUUCAGUAUUUUGUGAAUGACAAGAUUUCUAAUGAUCCUGCUUGGCAAGGACUAAGAAUAUACCUCUCAGGGCAACAGACUCCUGGUGAGGGAGAACACAAAAUCAUGGAGUUCAUCCGUACAGAGAGGACGCGGCCAGACUAUGACGCUAAUACUAGGCAUUGCUUGUACGGGCUUGAUGCAGACUUGAUGAUGUUAGGUCUUACUUCACAUGAACCUCACUUCUCACUUCUAAGAGAAGAAGUGAGGUUUGGGAAAACAUCGAAAAGAAUAGAGAAACCUGAACAGAUAACUUUCCAUCUGCUUCACCUGUCACUAUUUAGAGAGUAUCUGGACUGGGAAUUCCACCCAUUGAAGGACUCACUUCCAUUUGAGUAUGACCUUGAGCGUAUCAUUGAUGACUGGAUCCUGAUGGGUUUUCUAGUUGGUAAUGACUUUAUCCCUCAUCUACCCUACAUGCACAUCAACCAUGAUGCUUUGCCAAUGCUGUAUCAGAUCUACAAGGAGAUCAUGCCGUCUCUUGACGGUUAUCUUCAUGAUGGAGGAACUUUGUGUCUCCCAAGAUUUGAGAAAUACCUCAAAGAGCUGUCAAAGUUUGACAGGGAGAAAUUUAAUGAAUCAUUUGUGGACAUGAAAUGGUUUGAAGCUAAAGUAAAGCAUAAAUUUGGGGAGAAGAAAGGUGCAAGGCAUUCUCAGCUUAACCCCAAGGUAAGACAAGGGAAUGACUCAUCUGAUAACCCCUUUUCAGCCUUAGAUUCCCUGGCAGUGGAAUUUGAAGAGUUCAAAACAGAUGAUGACCCUGAGAUAAGCCCUGAACUAGCUAAACUAGCUGCCAAAAUGGAUGAUGGUGAUGGUGACAGUGAAGAAGUUGAUGAGUUUGAAAUUGAGUUUGCUAUGCACAAGAAGAGCUACUAUUCAGACAAGUUUGGGCUUGAACAUGUUGACAGUGAUGUUGUAUCCAAGAUAACCUUGGAGUACGUCCGUGGGAUCCAGUGGAUCCUUCACUACUACUUCAAUGGAGUCCAAUCAUGGAGCUGGUAUUACCCAUUUCACUACGCUCCAUUCUUGUCUGAUAUAAAGGACUUCUCUCACUAUGAGCUCAAGUUUGACAUGAGUAAACCAUUCCUUCCAUUUGAGCAACUAUUAGGUGUGUUACCUGCGGCUAGCAAGCAGCUCCUUCCAGCUCCAUUCCAGAACCUGAUGAUUAUGGAGCAGUCCCCCAUCAUUGACUACUACCCACUCAACUUCAAGACAGAUCUGAACGGCAAGCAGCAAGAGUGGGAGGCUGUUGUGUUGAUCCCAUUCAUUGACGAGAAACGUCUUCUAGAAGCCAUGAAGCCUCUGUAUCGUCAGCUGACCAAGGAGGAGAAGACAAGAAACACACAUGGCCCCUGUCAUCUGUACACUUACGACAAGACACUGGCAGACCAUUAUCCUUCAACCCUUCCUGGCGUGUUCCCAGAUAUAUCACGAUGCCAUGCUAGGUGUGAGAAAUUUGACAGAGAGCAGCUUGUUUCAUCACUAGAAAACCUAGUUAAAGGUCUUCUUAAGGACGUUAAACUUGAAGUGUACUUCCCAGGAUUCCCUACACUUUAUCACAUUCCUCACACUGCAGAACUAAAGAAGGCCAGUGUUAAGGUGUUUCAGAUGCAUAGUCGCUCUGAUAGUAUGAUUCUAAAACUUCAACAAUCACAGCUAGAGCCUACUAUACGAGUUGCGGAGAAGUACCUAGGAGAAACUUGUUAUGUUGGCUGGCCACACAUGGUGGAAGCACUGGUGGUGGCAGUGUCAGAUAAUACCUUCAGAUACAGCCGUAAAAAAGGAGAAAAAGAUAUCCAACAAGAUAUACUAUCUGAGGAAGACGGUUGGGAAAAACAAGUCAAGUCAUUUGCUCAAAGUCAAAUGGAGAGGCGUGGCAUUGACGUCGGAGCAGUUGAGAUUCUUAUCGAUGCUUGUCCGGUUAUAGGACGUAGGUUUCUGUGCAGUGCGAAAGGCCAGGUUACUCUUGAGAAAGAAUGGUCCCCAGUCCCCAAGCAGUAUGCGUUUCAAACUGUUGUCAAGGACAUAAGCGUGCACGAGUCUGUGAGUACAGAUAGCAUGCGGACCAUAGACGAGCUGUUUCCGGUAGACUGUGUGUGCUUCAUGCUCGCGAUGCCUCAUUAUGGGGCAUCUGGUACGGUGCUGGAGGUUGACGUCAAGCAGGGAAGGGUGAGAGUGCAGCUCCGUGUACCAGAGGAACCGAACAUUGCCUCCAUUGCCAAACAGCGCGAGGAUCUUUCCGUCGGGUAUCUUCCAUCACACGUUGUGGCUCAAAAGAUGGGAAUAUCAUCUUCGCUGCUUGGCAAAAUCACGGCCAAGUUUUUUAUCGAGCAAGGCUCUAGAGAAAAGAGCAAAGGUCAGGGGAACAAAAAAAUCGACAUCGGGUUGAACUUAAAGUUAACUAAGCAAAACAAAGAGUUGUUGGGGUACACGCGCAGGACGCAGAAUGGCUGGAUGUUCACUCAGGCAGCUCGGAAUGUUAUUACUCAGUACAUCAACAAAUUUCCCAAACUGUUUGACGCACUGGCUACCUUACAGCAGAGCGACCAGGUCUAUGAAGCCGACAUGCUGGACCAUGGCAUUGACUUAUCCGUACUGACGGAUGUGCAGAACUGGCUAAAAAGUCUACCGCUGCAAAAGCAGACCGUGGUCACGUGUGGUAGUGACGCACUGGACGAUCCCGUCCUGGAGGCGAUAGAGGAGGCCGUUAAGAAGGUCAAGACUUCUCUUCCUCCCAAGAUAGUCAAAGUCCGCGUCCGCCCAUAUCUUCUAUUCAGGCCCUCAGAUUUCUUGGGAAACACUCUUCCAGAUAGUGAUACCGAGAUCCAAUUGUUUGAUCGAGUCGUCAACGUCAAGCUGAACUCAGCGGUUCCAUUUGGGCUACGGGGAACUGUUGUUGGCUUCCACAUAGGUGAAGAUGAUGAUGAACUGGUUGAAGUCUUAUUCGACGAACAUUUCAUUGGCGCUCAGUCAAUCAGGCGAACCACGAAUGGAGUGUACCUGGCGCACCCAUCCAGCCUUAUAGAUCUUACAUUUGGCGAGAGGCAAGAGAUGCGGAAGAGAGGGGAGACUGCUAUCCCGCCGCGACCCCUCAAACAAUCCUUCGCCACUGCUCUAGCUGGGGAAAAUGGGCGCAGAGGGGCGGGUUCAAAUAGAAGUCCGCACAGGGGGAGAGAACGCCAAGAUGGUUCUCCUCGUCCAAGUGGACACGACAAACAUGGUGUUGGCCCGGACAGCAAACGUGAUUCCCCGGCCCCAGAAGGAAUUCGCAUUAUGUCCAAGAAAACACAGAACGGCCGUAUCGCAGACAGGCCCGAGAAGCAGGCUACGGAGCAAAGCGCUAGCCGAGACAGUCCUGGACGACCAGCCCAACAGAACAAUACAAAGCGUGACACACCAGGGAAGGAGGAUACAAGGAAUGCAAAGCAAGAAGUACCUCCAAGAUUUGCUAAGAGUGCCGACAAUUCCAAUGAAUUUGCCAAUAUGUGGCAGGAACUCAAAUCCAAAGAAAACAGCCCUCCUGAAAAGACCAACGUCUCGACCAAUCAGGAGAGCGCUUGUGCGCAACCACAGAGCGUAGAGUCAGAGCACCCUGAGACCCCCUCUGAUGCAGCAAAGGAAAGCUCUCAAGCCCUAUGUGAUCUACUGCAAAUUGGCCGUAAACAAGACAGCAAGGAAGCGGCCAAGCCGCCGGACAGUACCCCAGGGGAGGAUGCCGCACAGAAGGAGCCAGCUAUGCGUGCCGUGUCCCUUGACGAGCUCUUCGGCUCACAAAAAACCGGGGUAAAAGCAGCGCCUAAGCCUGCACCUGGAAAUGAAAGCAGUGUUUUGCCUGCGCAAGCCCUUCUGCAGUGGUGCCAUUCUAUCGGUCUUCCUCCUCCUGCGUUUUAUUACAUUCAAACUGAUAAGGGUUUAUCAGCUACAGUAGAACUCGCAAAUGGGUUUAAAUGUCAAGGUACCCCCUGCAAGGACCGCAUGGAGGCUACACAGAGUGCAGCUGCUCAAGCACUUUCACAGAUGCGCCGGAUGAUGUCCCAAUUUGUACCACAUCAACAGCUUCCAUUUCCCCAACGGGCGGGUGUGUUUUUCCCACCCUCUGGACAAAUGCCCUUUAUGCAAAUCAUGCCUCAUCACGCAUUCCCCACCUACCCCGUGCACCCCAUGGCAAGGCGUCCACAGCUUGGGCACCCUCUACAUCCACAGCAUCACCAGUUCCCUCGAAUGCCUCCCCUGCACGCGCCGUCCAUGAGGCCAGCGGGACACAAAGUGAUGCAUGCUGAUCACGUGACAAAGACCCCUGACAAGGAUGCGAGAAGAACCGUCCCUUCUAGUCCGGCUACUAGCCCUUUUGUCCCACUUCAAGUCACAAGAAGAAAUGUAGCUCCCAAAAGCGCGCCCUCGCCAACAAAUACUCUAAGUGAGACCUCCCGAGAGGCGGAGUCUACGCCGCAAAAGACUAUUCAUGAAAUGCUGCAAGAAGCGAGCGCACGCUCAGUGCAACCGGAAACGCAGCAGGCGAAACCUUCAGCAAGUGCUACCGUCUCCAAACCUGUCUUCGAGAUUGAAAGGGAGCGACAGGUCUCUAGUGAAUCAAACCGUGUAAAUAGUAGCAAAGAUCUGGCGGAUAAGAGGGAAAAUGUAGCGGAAUGUAAGGAAGGUCUGGCGGGUAAUAGGAAAGAUCCAGCGGAUAAUAAUGAAGGUCUAGCGGAUAAAUGCUCUAAGCCGUCGACAUCUCAAAAUGACUCUGAGGCAGGCAGCCCAAGCCAGUCUAAGCCUGCACGAAGGCAACAGAGCGCGGGUCGCAGCAAGCCUCUGAUGGCGCCAAGUUUCUUCCAGAAGAAAACUUAAUAGCUUGAACCCACAGACCCUUCUCUGCUGGACUCAAACCAGCUGUCCCCAGCUGGGAAGGCGUGUGACUAUGUUUUCCAGCUCCCUAAGUGGAACUGACCUACCACGACAACCACCAACUGGAUUGAGUCCUAAUCGCCUGGCGCGUUUUUAUUUCCAAUUCAAUGCUUGGGUCUCAUGUAAAAUAAAAAAGCACAAUGUAGCGGCAUCUGUUUUUAUCCAUUCUUUUUUCAGGUAUGUUUUAUUUGUUGUAAACAAAAUAUGGUUCAACCUAUCACACUCGUCUAUUCAGAGAGAGUGUUUAAUGUUUAUCCCAGAAAUUGUAAAAUAAAAUAAGCAUGUUUACAA